UGAGAACGAUCAUAUCGAUACAAUUUGAGACGAACGAGACAAAAGAGACAAGAUCGCCCGCGAAAAGUCCAGCUGCUCCAUCCCGUAAUGCCUGUCGCAAUGAGUAUAUUCUUGGCGCCAAAACUGCCGAGUUUCUUGGCAUCGGCAGGUAGAGAGAACGUAGAACGUAGAAAAUAUAUAAUUUUCAUUUCAUUCUCGUCCUUAUGACACAUUUAUUCUAUUCAUUUUGAUAUCAAUCAUUUUUUAUAAUACGGGUUUAUUUUAAUGUGGUUGUGAAGAGUUUUUCGUUCGUGAAAUCGGCUGGUAUAUGAUGAAGGAUCUUAAGCACUAUUUUGCUGAUAACUCACGAUCUUGUGAGACUGCCAAAGUCGUAGAGAAUGAAACGGAGGUUACAAGCAAUGCUGAGGCCGAGCAGAAUUGUGCGAAGGAAACUAAUAAAAAAAUAGCUUCGACGAGCACGAGCAAGAAACGUGGCAGGGUGAAAAUAAAAAUAUCGAAGAAUAAUACGCGCGGUAAAGUUUGCAAUAUCAUUGAAAACCACAAUGAUCUUGUCGACAAAACUCCGAGUCCUUUUGGUCCUCGCGAGAUAAUAGACAAUGAGGAUUCUCGUGAUACACCCAAGAGAACUUCAUCUUGUAAAAGUUUUAAAAUUCGUGAAAAGCAGGAAGUUUUGAAUCUGAACAUUGAGACAAAGUCGAAAAAUGAGAAUGACAACUCCGGUGACGAAAAUGACUAUUUAAUUUCAAAUAAUAAUUCCAUUCCCAAUGGUGAUGCCAAAUGCUUUGAAUCUGCUUCGAUGAAUAAACAUCAGAACAGGAAUUCUGAAAAUUCUCUUGCUGAAAUCAACCAAUGUGAACGAGAAGAAUCCAACGCCUUUCAAGUUCUCAUGACUCGUAAGAAACCUGUGAGUUAUAAAUCACCUCCGGUUCCCACAUUAGAAGAGGAAAGAAAGCAGGAAGAAACUAUUGAAGAAGCAAAAAAUAAAUUAAAAAAAAAUAGAAAAAAAUUAAUUACGAUGGCUGAUAAAAAAGGAUACACCAAGAGAAAAAUAAAUGAGAUCGAAGAGGCUGAAAAAAUUGAAAAACGAUUGGAGAAGAGAGCUAAAAUUUUUAAACAAAUUUCCGUUGAUGAGAACAAAGAUAGAAACUCUCCUGGAAUAUCCAGAACUGUGUCUCCAAGAAGCUUGCAUAAUUAUUUCAGUAAAAGUAUACCUGUCCAGAAAGAUAAAGACGAAGCUGUCAUAUCUAGUAUAAUCGUGAAAGCAGAAGUGCAUACUCCUCAUUCUUCAGUUCCUAAAAAGAUAUCUGAGACUCGGAAAAGCAAAAGUAUGUAUUCAGCACCGAAGAAGCAAGAUACUGCUCAAUCUUUUGUUACAUCACUGGACUUGAUCCAAGUACUGCAGAGCCCUGAGAAGCCGGUGCAAAUGAACAAAUCUCAAGUUGGUCGUAAUAAAAAAGCUCGUUGGUCUUUACGAAUUAAUCUACAAAACAGUGAUUGUGAUGAUGGUAAUAUGGUAUCAACCGUUGGGAGCACGGAAAAGCAACAACAAAGCAAGAAAGAUUCAAAGUCGCGCAAAGUUAAGGAAAAAACAAAGAAUUAUGAGGAGGUUGACAGCAACGAUCUCGCCGGUCCGAGUGUCAAGAGCUUAAAGAAAAGGAAAUUGAUUACUAAACCCAACUCAAAAACUCCACCGAUCGAAAAAAAUCAAACCCCUGCAGUUAAGAAGGAAAUUCCAAUAGUUCCAAGUUUACAAGAAUGUUUUGAAAUUCAUGUGCUUGAAGAAAAAGUCGUAAAUAAGUCUGAGAAGCUUGCUCCGUUGUUCGUGAAACGUCCAAAACCGGAUGCAGCCAUGAUUGAAGCACGUCGGGCUUUUUUGACGUCGGUACCCACAGAAAAUCAUGAUCGUAUAAACGAUCGAAAAGUAUCGAAUGUUGGGUCGCCUGUUUUACCAUUUCCUACGAUAAGUCACGUAACACAACUUGAUGGUAAAACGAAAUCGAUAAAUUCCUUGGAUGAGGGACUCUUUUCCAUGAGAAAGAUUCAACCUUUCGUGCCAAAAUUCGAUCUUCGGGAAUUGAAACACGUAACAAGUCUCGAUCGAGAUUGUGAGAAAAAAUCAGUCGACGAUAAUGCGCGAACGAAAAAAUCAAACGUUGAAGAAGUUCUAGAGGAAAUAGAAUCUCGAUGUUCGGACGCACGUGAGAUUUGGACCAGAAUAUCGACAAAAUCGGUUGACCAGGGAACAACGAAAAAAUCUCCCAAAAAAAGAGGGAAGAAGAAAAAAAUGGAACGGGAUCAAACUUAUGAGAAUCGUGCCUGGACAGAGAAAUAUCGACCAACUACUACUCGGGAGAUUGUAGGGAACGAGGAAGCUGCAGAAAAAUUUCGCAAAUGGCUCACAAGCUGGAAAGUAAAUUCAGACAAGAAUGAUGAUAGCAGCGGUGACGAAUUUUAUUCUUCAGAUUGCAGCUACGCUAGCAAUAUUGGUAACAAUCAAGUUGCCGUGCUUUUAGGACCUCACGGGAGUGGCAAAACUGCCAGUGUUUAUGCGAUUGCGGAAGAACUCGGCUACAGUGUUCUCGAGAUAAAUGCCUCGAGCAAAAGAGCUGGGAAGAAAAUAUUGAAGGAUCUGGAAGAAGCGACACAGUCUCAUCGCAUUAAGAGAAAAGAUUUUCCCACGUUGAAGUCAUUUACAACUGAAAAUGAAGAAGCAGUUUGUCAAAACUCGCUCAUCCUCAUGGAAGAUAUUGAUAUUAUAUUCGAAGAGGACGAAGGUUUCAUUUCAGCAACCUGUCAGUUGGCGUCAAACACAAAAAGGCCGAUCGUCAUGACCGGACGAAACGUCUGUUCUCAUUUGAAUAAAAUGGCACCAAAACAACAUCGUAUUUAUUAUCAAAACACUUUCGGUUCGAGAGUAUCAGCUUUGCUGGAGUUAAUAGCGCUAGCUGAAUCUGGAUAUCGAUUGCCUCGCUCCUGUUUAGAUAGACUGUUACAAACCGGAGACUUACGGAAAGCUCUUUUGCAACUGCAAUAUCUUCUGAUUUCUGGAAAGCCGAGUGCUCGACAAGUGCCAACGAAUUAUCAUCAAUCACUGUGGCAAGAUAUGCGUCGUUGUAUUUACAAACCGGCGAUAAGAGGGGCCAAAAAAUCGACGAAGAAAAAGCUCAACGAAUCAAAGUCAUUGUCAUCGCCACCGAGCGACGAAAUCUCGAUAAUGGACAAUUUAGCGAAUGAUUUGGAUAAAUUAUCAUUUUUGUCAAUGAUGAUUGAAGUCGAUGAUCCGGUGAUUGAAAUUUCGUGUUUGAAACUCGAGCCAAGUGUGUCACUCGAUGAAAAUUCACAGGAUUAUUCUAGUACACGAAUAACCGGGUUUGAAAUUGCAAAAUGGCUGCGCGAUCGUUUGAUGAAUGACGUAAUUAUGAACGAUUGUGGCGGCAAUGAUCUGCACAAUUUUCGACAAUUAUCUCUAAAAAAAGAGCUCAAUCUUAGCGUAAAUUUGGCACUGUCACAAAUAUCGCCUCAUACUCUCGACCGUUAUACGACGCUUCUUGACUAUCUUUCUUCUCUUCGUACGAUAUGUCGCGCUGAACAAAACAGAACCUCCAAUACCAAUAAGCGGGGCAAUAGAUUUUUUCAUUAUUUAAACACCCUUCGACUUCCAUCUCUUUCAACAACCCCAAAUAUCUUGUCCUCCGCUUGUAAAAUGAUGGAAGAAAAAGACGUCGGCAGUUGACUCAAUUAUCAAGAACAGAUAUCUAUACGUUCUAUCUCGUUAUUCGUUAAAAGAAAAAUUAUGCUUUGGACCGAAAAAAUUAGAGCACAUUCCAAUUGUGCGUGAGUUUUUCACUUUGAAUUCUUGCGAACAUGACGAUAACUGUAGUUGUGUGACUAGAAUCAGAAUUUUCUUCCAAUUUAUAUAAAGAACAACAAAAAGCAUGAUUUAUUCUAAACGAAUAUCAAUCAAGAUCAACGAUUGUUAUGGCUCCUUGAUUAUUUUGUGAUCCAAUCUUGUUAUUCUUCGUUUAUGUUAAGGAUGAGGUCAAAUAAAAGUGCCUUCAACCUUUAGAGGACGGGAAAUUAUUAGUACAAAUCGUAUAAUUCAUAUACAAAUCGAAUGUAUAACUUGGAAUGAGUCUCCGACUAAACAGGUGGUCCCUAAAGCAACUAGUUCUAUUCUCUAAAGGAUAAAAGGUUGAAUGAUACAUCGACUUGGGUGUAAAUGAGUGAAACAGCGAUUCCAAGUUUUCUAGGCGAAUAACAAUCGUCAUUGGAAAGAGGUGAAAAUCGAAUUUGUUUUAAGACGAACAGAGUGCAAUUUUUGUCUUCUGACAUGUAAAUCUUUGAAGAGUAGGCUUGAAUGCAGUAUCUUUACCGGUCAUUUGUGUGUCAUUAGCUCAUCAACAUUUCCGGCGUUUCGAACGUUUUGAAAUUUUCUGCUACCCUUUUAAAGAGUUCUCAAAAAAGAAACUCUUUUGUCUAAUUAAUAUUAAUAAAUAUCCCAAUACAAGGAAA